CGUCCACCUCGUCCUUAAAGCUGUAAAAAAAGAUUUAGUUUAAGAACAAGAUUCUUUACUAAUUAUCCAAUAAACAAAAAUAAUCUUUUCGGUCAAACUGGGAUUUACUAUUAUCUACGUUUUGUGUAAUUAAGAAGUUAUUUUAUUUCUGGGUCGGUGACAGGCACAGAAAUGUAACGUUUAAGGACCCACAACAUGAAAAAUGUCACGGCGGAUUUUAAGAAAAAUUGGAAGGAGCUGGUCAGGUCUAAACAAUGGCUAAUACCCAAUAAUAAACCAUAUUGUAGUUGGUUUUUCCUGUGUUGCUCCACAAGCUAAUUGUAUAACAAGCUAGCUAGAUUAAUAACGUUACAUUAAUACAAAUCGACAAUGGUUUUUCUAAUCGGUAAAUUGUGAAGGUUAGUCCAUUUUCGACUGGGACUGCUGUUACGUGUGUUUCACUAGCUAGCUAGCUAGCUAGCUGACUAGCUAACGUUAACCAGAUUAUUUCAAGAAUUAAAAGUUUUUAUUAUUUUCAGUUCAAUCUCAGAUACUGACACCCCCCACCACCAAAUACGAUGGCAGAGGAUCGGAGGCCAAAGCAGUGCACUGUGGUACUGCCAACGGAGUCAAUGAAGGCCAUUGGCGAGUCCGUUGGAGUUGGGCAAUUACAGGAGGAGAGCUGUGCGGCAUUGAGCGAGGAAGUCAGUUACCGCAUCAAAGAGAUAUUUCAGGAUGCUUUUAAGUUCAUGCACCAUGGGAAGAGACGCAAACUGACCACCAGUGACAUCGACCAUGCACUUAAACUGAAGAAUGUGGAGCCCCUGUAUGGGUUCCAGGCCCAAGAGUUCAUCCCGUUCCGCUUUGCCAGUGGAGGUGGCCGAGAGCUGCACUUCUACGAAGAGAAGGAAGUUGACCUGAGUGACAUCAUCAACACACCACUUCCUCGAGUGCCCCUGGACGUCUCACUCAAGGCUCAUUGGUUAAGUAUAGAUGGUGUCCAGCCUGCUAUACCAGAGAACCCACCUCCUGCUCCAAAAGAAUUGCAGAAAGCGGAAUCCACCGAGCCCCUUAAAGUUGUGAAGCCUGGGCAGGAGGAAGAGGGAAGCAUACAGGGCAAAGGUCAGGGUUCAGCUGCUACAGAAGGCAAAGGAAAGGAGAAGAGCUUGAUGAGGAUGAAGCCACGCGGCACACACGAGCUGUCUGUGGAGCAGCAGCUCUACUACAAGGAGAUCACAGAGGCUUGUGUGGGCUCCUGCGAAGCCAAGAGAGCAGAAGCUCUACAGAGCAUAGCUACAGAUCCUGGGCUGUACCAGAUGCUCCCAAGAUUCACCACUUUCAUCUCUGAAGGGGUACGUGUGAAUGUGGUGCAGAAUAACCUGGCUCUCUUGAUCUACCUGAUGAGAAUGGCCAAAGCUCUCAUGGACAACCCUACACUAUACUUGGAGAAAUAUCUCCAUGAACUGAUCCCAGCAGUGGUGUCCUGCAUUGUGAGUAAGCAGCUGUGUUUGAGGCCAGAUGUUGAUAACCACUGGGCUCUGCGUGACUUUGCCGCCCGACUCAUGGCCCAGAGCUGCAAGACCUUCAGCACCACCACCAACAACAUGCAGUCCCGCAUCACCAAGACCUUCACCAAGAGUUUGCUGGAUGAGAAGACACAGUGGACAACGCGGUACGGCUGCAUCGCCGGACUGUCAGAGCUGGGGCCGGACGUGGUUAAGACACUGAUCCUCCCUCGGUUGACAGCAGAGGGCGCUCGUAUCAAGGCAGCGACUGAUGGGCCAGUCUUGUCCAACAUCGAGAAGAUCGGAGCUGAGCAUGUGCAGAACCUGCUAUUGAAACACUGCGCUACUGUGCUUGCUAAGACGCGCACACCUCCAGACAUCGCGGAUCAGUACCAGGCUGAGUACGGCUACCUUGGCACAAUGCUGUGUUCCCACGUAGUGAAGGCUCGAGCCCAGGCUGCAGUGCAGGCCCAGCAGGUCAACAGAACCACCCUCACCAUCACCCAGCCACGUCCCACUCUCACCAUCUCCCAGAGUGCUGUGGGGAUGUCGGGGGGACCUCGCACACCCAAUAUCAUCAAAGUGCCCAGCUCCCUCACCCUCAUGACGUCCGCCCACCCCGGGACCCCAACCCAGGCUUCACCCCCGGCAACCAAGUACAUCGUCAUGGGCACCAGCGCAGGGGUGGCCCCCUCUCAGCAGGUGAUCACUCUCAGCUCCUCUCGCUCCAGUUCCCCAAUGACCAGCACUAUCGCAAGCACUGCAUCCACUCUGCAGCCCCAGGUCAAACUAGAGUCUGGAGGGGCUGGUGGGGUGGCUGGGUCACGCACCCUCCAAAAAUACAUUGUUGUGUCCCUGCCUUCUUCUUCCUCCUCUUCUCUGGAGAGCAAGAGCUCCGGCCUGCUUCCUGCCCCACCCAUCUCAUCCACUUCUUCUCUGACUUUGGAGUCCGGGGUCAAACUGGAGCUCUCUGGGCCUCCAGGAGCCCGGACUCACUCCCCACAUUGAGCGCACAAGGAGACAGGUCUGCGCCCUCCAUCCACCACACUGCCCGACUGAAACUCACAGGCAUUAGGGGAAGGGCUUUGGGAAAAGGGUGAGGAACAUCAGGAAAGGGGUGACUGGAGCUCCUUAUUCAGACACCAGAAUCAGCGAUAAUGAAAUGGGGGAUUAAAGAAAUCAAAGAGGAGCUGCAAGAUUCUAUUUAUAACAACCAACAGAAUAAUGCUCAUUGCGAUCGGUGGAUACUACUUCGAAAUACAGACAGAAAUGAUCAAACAAUCACGUCACCAUUGUUCUGUUAGUUGUAACCAAUGUACUUGGUGGAGCUUUUCCAUUUUCAACAUGCAAGGUGACACUAUGACUCUCUUGCCCCUAUUUUAAGAUCCUUGACAAAAAUAGGGGAUCAAAGCUUCAUGAAAAUAUUUGCCUGCCAACUCCACUCCUAGAGGCUUCCCAUGCAGUUGUCCAAAAGUAAUUUAUUUUUCUAUAAUGGUCCAUUACUGAUGGCAGCUCUUCCACAUUCACUGUGUUUGAAUAAUGGGUGGUUUGUGGGAAGUUUAAACUGAAAUGGAAUUCAUUUAACAUUAUUUACGAUAGCCAUAGGAAGAAAAAAAGAAAGAAAAAAAACAUAGUGAAAGGCCUGUCAACCACAUGUUGUCAUAGCAAUGUAUUAAUGCUCACUCUAGUGGUGAUAUUUGUGAAGAAAAAGGUAUAGCCUUGUACCUUUACCAAAGUUACGCUUUAUAGUUAUUUAUUUCAUCAUAGUUUUUAAGUUGUUACUUACACUAUCCAAGAAGGAUUGUCCUGCCUGGCAGAAUUCAAUCUAUUAUCUCAUUUAUAUCAUUACUCUGGUAAAAUGUCCAUAGGAAAAAUUAACUGUAGAAGGCAAGGGAAAACUCAGUUAUGUCAUGGCUGUAUUUCGCUAUGACUUGUCAUAAUUUCUCUCUCUAACUCACACACUCACACACACACACACACACACACACACACACACACACAAAUAUAAACCAGGAGAGUUUGGUUGAAGGAUUGGUGAAGCUGUGAGUAUUCCAUCUACUUUGGUCGUUCCCCACACACAUUAAUUGUCUAAAACUGCCCAGAUGUUUGUAUGGUUAACAUUAUUCUGAUUGGCAUCAUCCAUUUUAUAUUCAGUAAUAAAAUCUAAUUUUGUAAUA